ACCCUCCCGGCCGAGCCCCGCGCCAGGGUCCCCCCCGGGGCCAUCGCCCCCCGGGCUUCGCCUGCGGCCCCCGGCCAGGCAGGAUGGUUCUGCGGGCCAUGGCACUGGCCAUGCAGGCCUGGCUGCUGGCCGCCCUCCGCCCCGGGGACCCCAAUGUCUGCAGCUACUGGGAGAGCUUCCCAGUGACAGUCAAGGAGUCCUUCACCAAACCUCACAUCGUGUCCUCUGGAGAACCCUGUCCAGCCCCCCCCCUGCCCUGCCUGCACCAGAGGGUGGUGUACCACACCGAGUACCGGCAGAGCAUCCGGACCGAGCACCGCCGGCGGUACCAGUGCUGCCAGGGCUACUACGAGAGCCGAGAGGCGUGUGUCCCGCGUUGCAGUCAGGAGUGUGUCCACGGGCGGUGCGUGGCACCCGAGCGGUGUCACUGCGAGCCGGGCUGGAGGGGACAGGACUGCUCCAGCGAGUGUGAUGAGCGUUCCUGGGGGCCGGGCUGCCAGCGCCGCUGCGAUUGUCACCACGGGGCCCCCUGUGACCCCCUGAGCGGGACCUGCUUCUGCCCCCCCGGCUUCGCCGACCCCCAGUGUCGCCAGCCGUGUCCCCCCGGCACCUACGAGCAGGGCUGUCGCCUGUCCUGUCCCUGCCACCACCAGGCCCCCUGCAAUGCCUCCACCGGUGCCUGUCUCUGCCCCCCCGGGCUGGCCGGACCCCUCUGCGAGGAGCCCUGCCCCGAGGGGACCCCCUGUGACACCCCCUGCCCCUGCCAGAACGGGGGCAUCUGCCACCCCCCCGGCUCUAACACCUGCAUCUGUCCCCACGGCUGGAUGGGGGAGAUCUGCUCCGUGCCCUGCCCCCCCGGGCGCUUCGGGCCUGGCUGCCGGGGGGAGUGUCACUGCCACAACGGGGGACAGUGUGACCCCCGCGGGGGACAGUGCCAGUGUGCCCCCGGCUUCACCGGAGAGCAGUGCCGGGAGCGGUGCCCGGUGGGGCGGUUCGGGCAGGACUGCCGGGAGAGCUGCGACUGCGCCCACGGGGGACAGUGCUUCCACGUGGAUGGGGGCUGCCUCUGCCCCCAUGGCUUCCAGGGCCCCCGCUGCCAGGACCCCCACUGCCUGCCUGGCCUCUACGGCCUGGGCUGCCAGAACCGCUGCCUCUGCCACCCUCAGCACAGCCAGAGCUGUCACCCCCUCCUUGGGGACUGUGUCUGCCACCCGGGCUGGGCAGGGCUCUUCUGUAACCAGAGUUGUCCCCCGGGCUCCUUCGGGGUCGGCUGCCUCCAGUCCUGCCUCUGCCUGCACGGGGGAAUCUGUGAUGGGACCACCGGACACUGCCAGUGCCCCCCUGGCUACACGGAUGAACACUGCUCCUCCCUGUGCCCCCCCGAUACUUUUGGGGUGAACUGCUCAGGGAUCUGCUCCUGCCAGCACGCCCUGGGCUGCUCCCCCCUUGAUGGCUCCUGCCUUUGCAAGGAAGGCUGGCACGGCCCCAACUGCUCCGCCCCGUGCCCACCCGGCACUUGGGGUUCUGGCUGCAACCAGAGCUGUGACUGCGCCGGGGGGGCCCCCUGUGACCCUCAGAGUGGGAUCUGCCGCUGCCCCCCCGGCUGGCAGAGCCCCCGCUGCCUGCAGCCCUGCCCGAACGGGACGUUCGGGGUGGGCUGCAGGCAGCGCUGUGACUGUGCCCACGCGGAUGGCUGCGAUGCGGUGACAGGGCAGUGCCACUGCCUGCCCGGAUGGACAGGGCUGCGGUGCAAGCAGAGCUGCCCCCCCAGCUUUUGGGGACGGGGGUGUCACUCGUCCUGCUCCUGCCUUAACGGGGGCACCUGCUCCCCCCGGGAUGGGUCCUGCACCUGCCCCCCCGGCUACCGGGGUCCCACCUGCCAGCGCCCCUGUCCCCUCGGCCGCUACGGCCCCCGCUGCACCCUGAGCUGCUCCUGUGCCAACGGCUCCGCCUGUCACCCCCAAAACGGCUCCUGCCUCUGCCCCCCCGGAUGGGGGGGACCCCACUGCACCCAGCCGACCCCUGAGCAGCCCUACACCAUUGUGCCAGCACCCCCGGCAACCCACAGCUCCCCGGGGCUGGUGCUCAGCCUGGUGGCCCUGGUGGCCCUCUUGGUGGCCGUGGUGGCCGUGUCCCUGUGGUACCGGCACCGUCAGAAGGGGAAGGCGAGCAGGCACCUGGCUGUGGCUUACAUGGCCGGACAGACGGACACCUCCGACUACGUGGUGCCAGAUGUGCCACCCGGACACCACCCACACUACUACUCCAACCCCAGCUACCACACGCUGUCCCAGUGCCCCCCGAGGGACAGGGCUGGGGCUGGCAAGGUCACUGUCACCCAGAGACCCUUCGCCCCCCUCGGCCCUGUGACGCUGCCACCCGACUGGAGGCACCUGGGGUCACCAAGGGGAGAGCACCUGGAGAGGAGUUACAGCCACGGCUGGGACCAGGGGGACCCCGAGGAGAAAGACCCCCCCUCAGUGGGGCUCGGGGCCAGCGCCAGCUCCCUGGCCAGUGAGAACCCCUACGCCACCAUCAAGGAGCCCCCGGCCCGCGGCCCCCCCGAGGGCAGCUACAUGGAGAUGAAAUCCCCCGUGCGGAGGGAAAUGUCCUACGCCGAGAUUGGGACCCCUGAGGAGACCCCCCCGGAGGAGAGUGGCCCCGGGCUGGCUGAAGGCGUCACCCCCCCCGUACCCCGCAGCCAUUACGACUCCCCCAAGAACAGCCACAUCCCCUGUCACUACGACCUGCCCCCCCCCCGCUACCCCCCGCCAUCCCCCCCCAGGGACCGCUGAGGGCACCCCCGGGACGGGGGGGUGUGGGGCUGUCCUAGGGCUGUCCCUGUCCCCGAGCCCAGGGGGGCGGGCAGUGA